AUGACGAUAUUGUUUUCGAGCACCAUAGCCUUCGUGCUAUCAUCUACCGUCUCCUGGGCCAGUCAAGUUUGUUCAAUAGAUACUUGUCUCAAGGGAGAGUCUUCUUCUCCACUUCUAGCCUUUGAUCAUUCCAACUCCAAAUACCUCUUACCGGGUACCUAUACCAGCUCAAACCUCACCCCUUCUUCUUCGUUACUCAACAUCACUCAUGCCUCAGACACAUCAGUCAUCUCCCUCCCUUCAUCUCCCAUUGGGUUCACGAAUGUUCACUAUGAUGGUCCAGAGACUAUAUGGGAUAAUGGAAGUUGGUCAACGGACCAUUGGAAAAGCGUAUACCUUCCCUCAUCGUGGUACGGUAUAUUAGAGAAUGGAAUAGUGAUUUGGGGGGCAGUACCUGACAAAAAUCAACUUCCAAACGAAUUGAUUGGAUUGAAUCUAAUGAAAGCGGCAUCAUCGUCUUGCAAUCCAACUUGUUCCUCACAUGGGACUUGCAUAUCUUCCAACUUAACGACUGAAGUUACAUGUCAAUGCUCCGUCGGCUGGACCGGAACCUCAUGCGAUCAAUGCGCUGAAGGAUAUUGGGGAAGUUCAUGUUCACCGGGACCUUCCAAUUGUACAAUCUGGGACGAUGGGCUAUCUGGUACUGGCGCUUGUCUGGGCACAUCAACAUCUUCUUUAUCUUCUUGUAGUUGCGCUCACGGGACUUGUACUUCCUCAUCGGAAUGCGUUUGCUCGGCAGGAUGGAAGAAUAACUCCACUCAAUCAUCCGUAUUGUGCGAUAUUUGUGUAGAGGGCUUCUUCGAAGAUUCGGAGGAAAACUGUCUUGCAUGUCCUCUGGGAUGCGGGAGCUGUACCCUUCAAUCAGGUACAAAUUCGACUGCAACUUGUACAUCAUGUUCGGCGAACCUAUCGCUGUCGGACACUAGUCCUGCUACCUGUAUCGCUACAAAGGGAUCUUGUGUAGACGGUACAUUCUACGACGAGUCAAGCUCGUCCUGUAUGAGCUGCUCGCCGGCCUGCUCAACUUGCACCGGACCAUCGACAUCUGAAUGUUUAUCAUGUGCAACACCUCGAGUCAACCUACAAGGCUCUUGCGUGUAUUACGAUGCGUCUACUGGAGUUUGUGAUACUUUACUCUCCGCGCUGACAGGAGUCUACGUGGUAAAUCUAGAAAAGAGCGAAUGUGAUGCUUGUCCAUUAGGAUGUUUGGAAUGUCAUAUCCCCUCAUUCUCUAAUGUUAAAGGCUACAAUACAUCGCAAUGCUCAUCGUGUCAAGAAGGGUACUUGCUUGAAGAUGGUCAAUGCAUCAAGAAAUGCAACACUGGGUGGUAUCUACCAGAAGGAAGUGCAGGAAAGAAUGGGACUUGCGAAAGAUGUGACUCUACGUGUUCGACAUGCUUAUCAGCAUCAACUACAUGUACUUCUUGCCCAUCACCACUUUUCGCUUUUGGAGGAACCUGUAUCUCCACGUGUCCAGAUUCCACUACACCUUUAAAUGGCACUUGCGUACCUUGCCCUCCAGAUUGUCAAUUCUGCUCAUCACCUACGGCAUGUACGGUAUGUCCUACGUCGAGACCAGUACUCAAAGACGGGAGAUGCAUUGAGUAUUGUCCCAAAGACGAAUACUUUGAUUCAUCGGUGAAGCGAUGCCAAGCAUGUGAUUGGAGAUGUUCUUCAUGUGCAAACAAGGAUCCUGAGGGCUGUACAUCAUGUCAAGAUGGAUAUAUCUUGCGAGAAGGCCAGUGUACCUCAAGUGUCGAUUCAUGUGGGAAAGGUGGUUUCGCCAAUGGGUAUGGAAAUUGUUUGUCUGAUUUCAUCAAGAAAACAAACCACAAAAAGUACUACAGUCUCUUCGCUGUAAUCGUCCUGAUUCUAGGAGGUGGAGGAAUUGGGUUCUGGUUGUAUGUUAGAAGAGAAAGGAAGAAGACUAGACAAGCUACAAGAGAUUUCGGUGAUAAAUUAGAUGAUCAUACUGUACAAGAAAGAUUGAGGACGUUGAGAUUAGAAAGAGUACUAGGAUUAGAAAGGGUUCAUACGUAUUCUCCAAAUGCGGCUCCAGCAUCAUCACGAACUCAAAGUGGACUUGGGGAUGGAUAUGAAGAGAAAAGAUCAAAGAGGUUUAAAGAAUUACUGUUACCUUCAAGGAGGAAGAAAAGGGACGAUUCAGAAAUGGAAAUGGAAAUGAAAUCAACAAACUUCGCCCCCGAUUUCGAUAAAAUGAGUUACCGAUCUUCACAGCCACCACCACCUUAUAUUCCUUCAGAAUUCGAGCACACAAGUUCCGGAGAUCUCAAAAAUGCUCCAUCGUACUCAAGCUCAGACUCACGCUCACAUCCAGGCUCAGUGUCAAAUCCAGACAGAAGAGACAGUCUAGAUUCCAUACCCACUCCAACCCUACCAUCUUUCGUCUACUCAAGCAAGACCUCCUUAAAACCAGUUACGAAACCGAACGAUACAAGAUCUGGGACGAAGGUACUUUCUAUGUCAUCUCCUAUCUCGCCACAAACUCAAAUGACAAGUCUCAUGCCACCUCCUAGACCAGGGAUGAUAAGGACCAAUACGCAAGACAAGGAGAAGGAGGUUGAUAGAAGAGGUGAUGAUCAUGGAGAUUGGGAGAUGGAAAGGCGAUUGAGGGAAUUAUGGCCUAAUCUGGAUAAGGAGAACGAAAAGGAAAAACGAAAAGCCCAGGGUUGGAUAUAG